GCGCAGUAUAUCAACAGUAGGUUCACGCGGGACCUGAUGGACACAGGUGAACGUUAUGCAUUGUUAACACUACAACGGUCUCUGGUCAAGUUCCGGUCAGUCUCCGUGAGGCCUGACGGUUCCGGUUAAAGCUCCCGGUGAACGCUCCGGUUAACCGACAGUUUCUACAGAUUGUGACCGUGUCCCUGACCUCGCCACUCAGACUCAGACUGAAGCUCAGAGAGAUUCAUGACAUGUCAGAUGUGAUCAAACUCUGAGUCUAAUCCUGAACUCUGACUUGACUUGACACAACAUGGGCAGCUGUGUGACGGUAUUUACAGAGACUUGGCUGGAUAGCACCGCUCCUGACGUGGCUAUCGAGCUAGCAGGCCGCACUGUCUACCGAGCCGACAGGACUGCAGACUCCGCCGUUAACAACCACAGAAGAAGAAGAGAUGGCGCCAGUGUCAGACAGAGGAGGUGGGAGGAGCAAAGGGAGGGAGCUGUCUCUGGACGACUGUCGUUGUCCGGUGUGUCUGGAGAUCUUCAUGGAGCCAGUGACGCUGCCCUGCACACACACCUUCUGCAAGGAGUGUUUCCUGGAGACGGUCGAUAAGGCCACGCUGUGCUGCCCGAUGUGCAGGAAGAGAGUUUCCACGUGGGCUCGUCUGAACAGCAGGAACAACACGCUGGUCGACCAGCAGCUGUGGACGCACAUCCAGACCGCCUUCCCUCUGCAGUGUCAGCGCCGCCUUAGUGGGCAGGACGCCAUCACCGAGGAUGACCCCGGAGUGUCUGUGUGUUUUCCCAGAGUCAGUCAGCCUGGAGAGCUGAAGAGAGAAUAUGAGGACCAGGUGACUAAACUGACGGAGGAGAAGCGAGCGAUGGAGGAGGAGGAGCAGAGGGCCAGUGAGGAGUACAUCCAGAGACUGCUGGCUGAGGAGGAGGAGCUUCUGCAGGAGGAGAGGAGGAGGCGUGAAGAUGACGAGCGGCUCGCCAGACUGCUGAGUAACCAGCUGAACUCGAAUCCCGUCUCCCAGGACAACCUCGGUCCUGCUGACGUCACUCCAGCAAAAAAGAAGAAGAAGAAGGAUGUCAGCGGGGGACAGAUGGACAAGUUCUUGUGUCCUCUUCCCUCCAACAACAGCUCGUCCUCGUCCCUGUCCUCUCGCUGCAGCUUCGUGUCCAACAAGGAGAACAUCCUGGUGUCUCAGGUGGAGCGUCCCCUCCCUAACCUGGACUAUUAUGGUCCUCAGAGGGACAGAUCAGAACCUCCGUCUGUCUCCGUGGACGACCAGCUCCACCCAGGGACACACAGGAGUCACAUGACUGGAGACAAGAGGAAGAGCUCUGAGCUGGACAUGACAGAGGACGAGGAGGAGACGGUCACCAAACGAGGCUCUCUCCUCCCGCCCUCCUCCUCCUCCUCUCUGCAGGUGGAGGUCCUUCAGGGGGUCUCUGAGUGGGAGGUGGAGCAGCUGAGGAGACGUCAGCAGGAGGAGGACGACCGGCGUCUUGCUCUGCUCCUGCAGAAGGAGUUGGACCAGGAGGAGAAGCAGAGAGCCACCGACCGACGCAAAGACUCCUCCGACCCCUACCUGCUCCGCCCAAACAGCCGGGGGAAGGUGGAGGCCACCUCCUCCUCAAGGACCUCCCCCGCCUCCUCCUCUAAGACCUGCUCCACCUCCCCCUCCACAAGGACCUCCACCCCCUCCUCUAAGACCUCCUCCACCUCCUCCUCUCCAACGACCCCCAACCCCUCCUCCACCUCCUCCUCAAGGACCUCCUCCAGCAGAGGCAGCAAACAGGCCACUCUGACUGAGAUGUUCUCCAGCCUGAUCAGCUGAACCCUCUGUGUCCUCCUGUGUCCCUGCAUGUCCCUCUGUCUGUCUGUGUCUGUCCCUCAGUCUGUCCCUCUGUGUGUCUCUGUCUGUGUGUCUAUCUAUGUCUCUGUCUGUCCCUCUGUGUGUCUGUACCUCUGGGUGUCUCCGUCUGUGUCUCUGUCUGUCCCCCUGUGUGUCCCUCUGUCCGUCCCUCGGUGUCUGUCUUUCUGUGUCGGUCCCUCUGUCUGUCCCUCUGCCUGUCCGUCUGUGUCUCUGUCUGUCCCCUCUCUGUGUCUCUGUCUGUCCCCUCUGUGUUUGUCCCUCUGCCUGUCCAUCUGUGUCUCUGUCUGUCCCUCUGCUUGUCCCCUGUGUGUCUGUCCCUCAAUCUGUCCUCAGCCUGUCCCUCUGUCAGCAGACACAGACCCGUUAAUCAAACCUGUUCUUUAUUUUAGUCAAACUAUAACGGAGUUCUUCAGCCCUGCCUUAUUUUUUAUUACCGUGGAGACACUACGAGGACAAAAGUAUGUGGACAUCUGAACUGUCCCUCCUGUCUCACAUUACAGUUCAUGGCGGACAUGGUCAUGAACUUCAUCAACACUGACACUGGUGUGAUGUCAUCAAACAUUUCUGAUGGAGCAGUUUUGUGUUGAAACAGAGACAAGGACAAACUGUCCUCAUACUGGUGUCCACCAGGGGAUGUCUGUGUUUGUCCAAACAGGAAGCAGAGACACUGCGUCCUCUGAAGCUGACACACUUUUUGGUUUAAAUGUUUAUUUUUUGUAAACAAGUUGUUUCAAAUAAAGUUUUGGAGCAGAAA